GUCACAAGAUACAUUUACCUGGUGUUUACCUUCCUGCUAAAAGUUCACAUUUUACAGUCGUUUUACUCCUUUAAAGUAAUAACUUGUAUUAUUGUUGGUCAUGGCAUCAUCGACAACUAUGUGUGGUGUAUGUGAUCUUCGUGGUAUAACAAAACCAUCCACAAUCUGGUGUUUUGAAUGUGACGAAGGGCUUUGUUCAGAAUGCAAGGAACACCACAGUCUGUCAAAGGGAACACGCAAACAUUGCACCGUGCCAAUAAGUGAGUACCAGAAAAUACCACGUGAUAUUGUCAAAAUCACUGACACCUGUGGUAACCAUAAUGAGAAGUACACAUUUUAUUGCAAAAAACAUGCGUGUCUCAGCUGUGGUAGUUGCAUUGUAGAAAAUCAUAUGGAAUGUCGGGACUUUGACAAAUUGACCGACGUAAUUCAAAACACUAAACAUUCGAAUGCAUUUUACGAAUUAGAACAAUCAUUAGUAGAACUUUCCGACAAUAUUCAAAUAAUCCGAAAUGAUAGAGAACACAAUUUGAAGAGGUUAUCUGAAAAGAAAAUGAAAAUUGAGGAAGAAGUCAAACAAACCAGGAUUACAAUUAACGACCAUUUAGACAAAAUACAGGACGACAUUAUAAAAAAGUUAAAUGAAACCGAAGUAAAUGAAAGUAAGAUAAUAAGCGAACUCCUGAUUUCAUUAAAGGAAAAUGACAGUGAUAUAACUGAAAUCCGAACAAAAAUUGAAAAUAUCAAGCAACAUGCUACAGAUCUUCAAGCAUUUAUUGCUAUGAAGGAGCUCGAAAAACGAAUUUCUAGCAAAGACCAAUUCCUGCAGUCGAUGAUUAACAGCGGAAACUUUAAAGAUAGCGAUCUUACGUACAAUCCCAAUUCCGCUAUUCAAGAUUUAGUUAAUCGUAUCAAGAUAUUUGGAUAUGUAAAGAUUGAGGAAAAAGCAUGCGAUUUAGUCCUCAAGAGGAGGAAAGACAAACAAGCCCAAAUAAUGCUACCGCACAUAUUAUCCAGAUCAGUUGACACUAUCAAUUUGAAACUGCUUCGAACUAUAAAUGAAAUAGGAGAGUACGUAAGGGGCUGUUGCAUGUUACCAGAUGGUAAAAUGGCGUUUUCGCAUUACUCUAGGAGAUUUGUUACAGUAUUCAACUUGAACAGCAACAAAGACUUUGAAGUCACUACACCUACAUUUGCAUUCGACGUGGCAUACAUCAGUCACGACAACACACUUGCUGUAACAUCAGGAGAGUCAGAUACGAAAUGUAUCACAAUCAUCGACAUAAAAAGCAAACAAAUCAAAAAAACAAUACCAGUUGAUUCUGGGUACUACGGCAUAUCAGUGACCGAUGGCAAUUUAAUUUGUUCUGUAGCAGGAAAAGGAAUUCAACUGAUCAACCCAAACAACAACUCAAUAACUGAUAUAGUCCGCCAUGAAAACAUACCAAAAUUUUGUUACGUGGCAACAUUUGGUGACAAAAUUUACCAUACAAACCACCAAUCGAAAUCUGUAACAUGUUAUGAUCUACAAGGUACAGCAAAAUGGACAUUUCAGAAUGAAAAGGUCCUCAGUGGUGCAAAUGGUAUAUCAGUCGACAAUGAUGGUAACGCGUAUGUAGUAGGAAGGUCAAAUUAUGUAGUAGUUAUAUCUCCUGAUGGACAACAAUACAAAAAGAUAACUACAGCCAGUUAUGGUCUUUCCAAUUCUUAUUCUCUUGAUUAUAACAGAAAUACAAAUCAGUUACUGGUUUCGAAUUUUUCUUAUAAGGCUUGUACUUUUACUUUGAUUUGA